AUGUCCCUCACUCUCACUUCCAUCCCCGAAGAGUUGCUCGCUCGCAUACUCGCCCUUGCCGUCACCGCUCAACCCACCCUCACCCCGCGCCCAGCCUGGUCCACGCCGCCGAACCACACCCCAGGUGCACCCGUUCGGACCCGUCUCGCGCCCCUUCUUGUCAACCGCGCGUUCCUGCGCAUUGCCUCCCCGGCAUUCUACCGCACUGUCCUCCUCCGCACCCCACAACAUGCUUCGGAUGCUGCAAGGGCCCUCCAAGCUCACCCGGAGCUCCUCCCCGCCGUGCGUGCCAUCAUCACUGGCGGUGUCUGGACAGAAGCUGGCGCCCUCCUCUCGCUCUGCCCUCGCGUGGACACGCUCGACAUCUGCCUCGACGCGGGUGUCGUUCUGCGUACCGGACCGGCUAAUACCUCUGCGCCCCAGCGUGCGGAGCAGACCAGCGAAGACGACGAGGAUGAAGAUGCAAAGGCGUUCUGUGACGUUAUCGAGGGUCUCGACCUUCGCAGUGUUAUCAUCCGCAAGGCCAGUUCAGCCUACCUCACGCACGCUAAGCCCAAAUAUGUGCUCUCGCGCCUUGCGCGCGCUGUUCUCUGUUGGAAGAACCUCGAACGCGCCGAUCUCUGCCUCAAGCUUUCGGGUGACGCUCCCUCGCGAGCGCUCGGAGACGCCCUUGCCCACGCACCUCGGCUGCACACCCUGCGUGCGCAGCUCCCCGCUCUCUGGAACGAUGUUGUUCUCCGAGCAAGCGACGCGCCGGCCCUCGAACGCGUCGUGCUGUACACUGCUCCCGCUGGCGGCCAUUUGGCGCCUGCCGACGGCGCAGUACUGGCGACGGGCAUGUACAUCAGCGAAGCGCGCAAGCAUGCGCGGUUAGGCGCGCUUAUUAAGGCUGGAACUUCGAUGAUCCGCACGCGCGCACAUACGCUCGACAUGUCCGGCAUGGCCACCUCCCUGCCCUCGCUCGACGCGUUUGCCGCCUCCGUGGCAUCUUCGUCAUCCCGUUCGCUGGGUUCGUCGUCGUCGCUGCCCUCGCUCGAGGAGCUGUCCGGCCUUGGCAAGGGUCGCCCGACGCUCUCGCUUACUCCACCCGCCGGCGCGCCCGUCUGGGGAGAGCACGGUCUGCGCUCGCCAGCGACCGAACCGUCGAUGUCGCCCAUCGCCGAGGACGCAUGGCUUUGAAGCCUGAAGCUGCGCUGGUGCUCAGGGCUUGCAGGCCCUGGGUACCCUCUGGCUUCCUCCGCGGCCGGUGGACUGUGGCCCGCGCAACCAUAUGAUGCGAACGGGUGUUAUCCCCGUCUUGCGCCAUGCGUGCCCGAGCGGCCUAUCACCGGCGACUUUGUACAUCGAUACCGAUACCCAUUUGACGGAGACAAAGCCACGGCUGCGGUCCCCCACGUCUCCUCUUCUUUCGCUUCGCAUGCGCGAGGCUUUGUUUUCUAGCGGUUUCUCAAGGGCCUCAAAGCGAGCUUCAACGGCGCUCUAGGCUCCUGGGACGCACAUACGGAUACCCAACGGACAUAAGCAUACCCCCCAUUUCCCACGCACUUCAAACGAUGAUCCACUCAACGGUUCUCUCUAUCCCUUGCCCUUUUCACCCUUGUUUGCUCAAUUUGCUUUCGUUCGCUGUCGAUUGCUUGCACCCUCACCCCAUCUCCCUUCAUCGCUGCACGCCCUCCAUCGUGUAUCCGUCCGUCCAUCCAUCCAUCCAGACUCUCGUCAUCCCUCUGACUCAUUACACCCUUUCAUCAAUAUCAUCAACAUCACCAUCGACAUCACCAUCGGCACUCAUCAACCAAUCCGCAUCACCAUAACCACAGCACCUCUCCCCUUCAUAUAUCCAUGCACACCACGCAUACACGC